CGAUUUCGACUCGAUGCUGCCGCCAGUACCAUUGCUGGGCCGAUGACGAGAACGUGGUCCCAUCCGAUCUCAACGCGCGCGAACAAUUUUACUCGGUUUUAGUUUAAUUAGUUAAUUGUGUGUUUGUGUUGUUUUCCCCCUUUUUCUCGUGGUGCAUAGGAGAUAAAAGUGUGUACAGGUGCAUUGGGUCCCCAAUAAAGUAGCAGCCAACAUGUCCUGGGUGUUUCACCUGCUGUGGAUGUUUCUGGUGCUGAUGCUGUUUUUCAUUGUGCUGCGCCGGAUAUACUACUUCGGACUGCAGGUGCAUCGACCAGCGACAGCGCAAUCACGCACUCAAACCUCUCAACGCUUUGCAGUGUUUACCAUCUACCAGAAUGACGUACGACCGGCGCAAGCCCCACCAGAACGCAGUCAACCUCCGGCAUACCCAGAACCACCGCCUCCCCCGAAAUACGACGAUGUGAUAAAAUCACCGGACCUAUUCCAGAAACCUCCACCGUACACGGCAUCCGCUCAAGCGUAGAGCAGCGCCGUUCAAUCCGUACUCCACUUAAUCGUUAAUAAAGUUACAUUUUAAUUCCAACUUACCAACACA